CUGUGAAAAUUUUAACAGGGAGGCAUUUGAAUAACGACGAGAGCUCCAAGAGUUCGAAAGUAUAUAUAGCGGGACCGGACCCCUUAGGGUUUUCCGUUCUUCCAGACUCUUCUACUCACAUAUAUAUAUACAUACAACAUCUACAUACAGCUUAUAUAGACGGAGAAGAGAGUUAGAGAGAAAAUGGGGGGAAGGCCUAAAUGCUAUCUGGAUAUCGCCAUUGGAGGAGAGCUGGAAGGGAGAAUUGUGGUGGAACUGUAUAAUGAUGUAGUCCCCAAAACCGCAGAGAAUUUCAGGGCUCUAUGUACUGGAGAGAAGGGCAUUGGGCCUAAUACUGGUGUCCCUCUCCAUUACAAGGGAUGCUGUUUUCACCGUGUCAUCAAAAGCUUUAUGGUACAAGGAGGUGAUAUUUCUGCUGGUGAUGGUACCGGAGGGGAAUCCAUUUAUGGACUGAAAUUCGAAGAUGAGAAUUUUGAACUGAAACAUGAAAGAAAGGGCAUGUUAUCUAUGGCCAAUGCAGGACCUAACACAAAUGGAUCCCAGUUUUUCAUCACGACAACUCGCACUUCGCAUCUAGAUGGAAAGCAUGUUGUUUUUGGGAGGGUUAUCAAAGGCAUGGGAGUUGUGCGUUCAAUUGAGCAUGUCACUACUGGAGAUAAUGAUUGUCCCACAGUUGAUGCUGUAAUUUCAGAUUGUGGAGAAAUUCCAGAAGGGGCAGAUGAUGGUAUAACAAAUUUUUUCAAAGAUGGUGAUUCUUAUCCUGACUGGCCUGCUGAUAUUGACAACAGUUCUAGUGAGCUCUCUUGGUGGAUUUCUUCUGUGGAGUUUAUUAAGGGAUAUGGAAAUGAGUAUUUUAAGAAACAAGACUAUAAGAUGGCUCUCAGGAAGUACCUGAAGGCUUUGCGCUAUUUGGAUAUCUGCUGGGAAAAGGAAGGGAUUGAUGAAGAUAAGAGUGUUUAUUUGAGAAAGAUGAAGUCACAGAUAUUUACCAACAAUUCUGCUUGUAAACUGAAACUGGGAGAUUUGACGGGAGCACUCUUUGACACAGAAUUCGCUCUUCGUGAUGGUGAAGACAAUGCUAAGGCCUUGUUUCGCCAGGGUCAGGCACACAUGGCUCUCAAUGAUAUAGAUGCUGCAGUAGAGAGUUUUAAAAAAGCUCUGGAUUUGGAGCCAAAUGAUGGAGCAAUAAAAAAAGAGUUUACUGCUGCAAAGAAGAAGAUUGCUGACAGACGUAACCAGGAGAGAAAAGCCUUUGCUAAGAUGUUCACAUAAUGAUCAAAUUAUGCUUCUGGUUCUGGGAUACAGGGUGCCGCGCCCCAAAUGGAGGAACUGCUUUUGCCCUUUUUUUAUUUUUAUUUUUAUUUUUAUUUUUAAGGUAGAGUCGGUUGGUUCAGGCCUUUUUUAUCCAAGUGCUCUAAUUACCGGAUUGGGUCUGAGUUUAGAGGUAAAAGAGAUCACCACCUGUUGGCAGAUACUUGGUUCUCAAGAAGAAAGAUGUGAGAUUAAACCAGAUCCUUUUUGAAAAAGUUAGUCACAGGUGUAAUUGGUUGUGCCUGGACCAUAUACAACUAGAGCAUGUUAUAAAGCAAAGUAGCAUCAACGAUUUAUUCGAAUGGCAUGAACUAUUUUUAUCAAUUUUUCUUUUGCUUGAGAGACUAAAUUUUGAUUUACGGAGUACUAAAAUUUCUAUUUGAACCAUCUACCUUUCAUUGUGAUCUACGAAUAUUGUAUUUGUUUCGACUUGAAGUUUUUAAAAUAGUUCGUUGGAUAUGGUGUUUACUUUUA